AUAACCUCACAAAUCACAAUGUGAUAACGAAUAAAAGUAAACAGAAUGUGUUACCAGUUUAAUAUUUGUAUCAAAAUUAUUGUUUAACAAGUAUUAUUGUUAUUCAUUAUUUAUAAUUAUUCGCUUUCAAUGGGUUUUAAAGAAACACCCCAGAUAUUUAUCACAGGCACAAGUAAUUCGGUCAUCGUCACCUCAAAGAAAUCGAGCACUACUCGAGAUAAUGAUAAAAACAUCGAUUUGCCCGACUUAUUCUCCAGAAUUACCCAAAUAGAUGACACGAAUAAUUCACUAUUAAAAAUAAGCGUGCUAGAAUUACCGCACUGCCAAUUAACAGAGUUACCUACAGCAUUAGAAAACUUGCAACUAAAACACUUAGAUAUUUCUUACAACAACUUCGAGAACGUUCCAACAUGCAUUUACAGCGGAUUAAAGCAAUUAGAACAUUUAAACCUAGGUCAUAACUUAAUUGAAAAGUUCGAUAUCCUACCCGGCUGUGUUUCUUGCAUCAAAACAAUCAAACUGAACCACAAUUUGUUUAAAAAUUUGCCUAAAUGGAUAGUGGCCUUUCGUUGUACAGAACUCACGGAAUUAAAUUUCAGCUACAACCAAUCGACUAAUUAUGAAUACACAAAAAAUAGUUAUAGCAUACAUAUCAUGAGGUUGAAGAAGCUCAAGUUAAGAAAUAGCCAACUUUUAGAUAUAGAUUACGAUUUUUUGAAAACCUUCAAGCAUUUACAGUAUCUAGAUCUAAGUAACAAAUACAGCAGUGAUAGGCUUAUAAAUAAAUUUCAUGAAAUUGAUGAUUUGUUUUUGAAAUUGCAAUGGAAGCGACUUGAAGUGUUAAAAUUGUGUAAUCUCACGCUGACUUUGUUUCCCGAAGGCAUCUCUUGGGUAGAAACUCUUAAGGAAUUGUAUAUAAAUCAAAAUUGUCUGUCCUGGAUACCUAAGGGUAUUGAAUUUAUGGUCAAUCUUCGAGUACUAGACGUUUCUGAUAACAAUCUAAUUGCAAUUCCAGAAGAAGUAGCCAAAUUAGAAUCACUAGAAGUAAUAUUGGCUAAUAAAAAUGGUAUAGAAAUCUGUCCUGAUUUCACUAAAAUGCCUUCAUUAAGAACACUGGAUUUAUACGACAACAUGCUCGAAGAAGUAUCAAUUUCAUGCGAAAAAUUGCAGUAUGCAGAUCUCGAGUACAAUUACAUAGCAACCAGUAAGCUUGAUAAUUACGAAUUCAAAAAAUUAAAAUAUAGAGAAAGUAAAUCCCUUUGUUACGACAGAGUCGAUACCACAAAAGAAAAAACUGAACAUUCUGAGUCCAGCUCCAGUAGUUCAGAAGAUAGUGAUUGUUCUUACAAUGUUGAAACGCGAGAUAUCAACGCAGAAGAUUGUGAAGAAAAUUGGGAAGAUUGGGACAAACCGUCGAAUUAUAGAGAAAGAAACCCUGAAAUUGAUAGCCAAGAUGAAUCAUGGACAGGAGAAGAUGAUAAGAAAUUAAGGAAAAAAGAAAUAUCACCAACGAAAAUUUAUGUACAAGACGAGGAUUGGAUGUUUGAAGAUGUAGAAGAAAUAAAUAAUGCAUAGCAUUCUAUUCUGGACAUAAUUUUAGAGUUUACAAUGCUUUCGUUAUU